AUGUCUGAGGCGUCGGAUAAACCCCCAGCGGGUUGGAGAAUCCCUCGCGCAUGCCAGGAAUGCCGCAAGCGUAAAAUCAAAUGCAAUGGCCUGACCCCGUGCAAAACUUGCCAAUUGCGCAACACACCCUGUAUAUACAGAGACUACAUUCGCCAUCGGCGCAAGAAACAUGAGUAUGACGAAGUCGGCGAAAGGCAUUCAGUUCGUCAUGGCUCCCCAAGUGGAGUGCCGCCAUCGGGGCGGCGUACAACCUCUGUCAUGAAUGACUUCCCAAAUAGUGUGUCUGCAACACAUAUGGCAUCGCCAUCAUGUCAGAUGCAGUUAUACUAUGGCCCAACCUCUCACUUCUCUCUCAUGCAGCAUAUCUACCGAGAUCUCGUCUCCAAUCCUACCUCUCAGCCUGAACCUUCUGGUGGAGUCGAGGAAGCUGGAGCUGGCUUGGACUUAUUCAGCUUCCGUCGCAUUUUUUUCGGAACCCCAGAUUUUUAUGAGACUAACAAGGCACUCGGGACAGGGGAUUUGUCCAUGAUGUUCUUGCCGUAUGACAUAGCUAAGCUUUUUUUGUCGCGGUAUCUCUCCAGCCUUUAUCAUCUGAUGCCACUUCGCCCCAAGUUAUAUUAUGAGCAAUGUCUGGACCGAAUGUACAGCUCUUCGCCCACAGACCAUCUAGAUGCUUUCACUCAUGCGAUACUUCUCCUUGUCAUGGCAAGCGCGGCACUCGGCACGGAACAUUUUGCUUGGGGUGAUGUGUUGUUCGAGCGCGUCAAGGCUUCGUUGAGCGCAUUUGAUGACGCGAACGAACAAGGUCGACCUAACUCAACGUUCUUGCAUUUGGGUUCUGCUUGUCGCAAAGCCUUGGCAGCAGGUCUGCAUAAAGAUGUCCCUCAUGAUGUUGCCCAAACCCCGGAAAACAUUGAAGAACGACGGGUGACUUUCUGGUCUAUUUACAUCUACGAAGUCUGGUUCUGCUAUCAUGCGGGUCGUCCUAGCUCCAUCUCCCUCAAAGAUGUCGCAAUCGAGUAUCCGCAGGAUCCAUUUAUUCGAUUGUUGGUGCAGCUUUGCGAAACCAUCACCCGGUCUGUUAAUGAGAUAUAUGGCCAGCGACAUGAGUCUCUUCUGCAUAUGUGGAGAGUUGCUCGAUCCAUUGCGGAUGAUAUCCGUGGUCUUGAACCACAUCUGAAACAAGUUUUGGGCCACGGGCUUGACGAUAGCAUCCAGGCGGGAUCCCUUGGGGUUCGACAAAUAAUCUUCAUUACCCUAUAUAAUCAUACCCUCCUUCUCACAUUUCGCCCGUUCUUAAUAUUUCGCGGCCAUUGGCAGCGCGAGAUGAAUAUCACAGUCGACCAGUCUAGCACCAAUGUCACAAAUCGACCGAGGCAAACGCCUUCUUGGCUCAACGAAGCCUGCAAUCUUGCCAUCACUGCCGCCCAAAAGACCCUCCAUCACCUAUGUGAAGCUUCAAGAGUCAAUAAUCUUGUUCUGGAAUUGCGAUACCACGGGUAUUUUUUCGGCAGUUCUGUAUUUACUCUCAUCUACGAGUUCCUCCAUAAUCCGAGUGUCGCGCCUGUCUAUCUGCCAUGGGUCUAUGCUUCAUUGCAAACCUUGUCAACCAUGCGAGCUGGGGACCCGAUCGCAAGCACGAUUUCAGCCGUGCAGACUGUGCUUCGCAAUCUCAAUCCAUCAUAUGAAUGGUUACCUUUACUAGCAACAACUGGGGGUAAUAUUGCGCCCCCAGGAGAGACAGCCAUACACCAAGGCCUCACCCCCGACCGUAGACAUCAAUCACAGCUCAACAACCCUACAAUCCCACAGAACCCGUCACUGGGAAUGCGACCUGACCUCCUGACAUCGCCCUGGAACUUCCCCCAGGUGGAAAAACAGGAAAACCCGGAAACCGGAGGGUCUGUGGGCUCUGGGGAAGACUUGCUUGAUUUUACUCAGUCUGACAUGGGCUGGAAUUUUGAUUUCUCUACCAUGGACCUGGAGGCGUUCUUUUCGGUUUAUCAGUCGAAUGAUGCACCAGUCCUUUGA